AUGGCUUCGACAACAUCGGACAAAGCGACUCCAGAGCGGCGGGUUGAGCUUUUGCAGAACCUCGCUGAAACCAAAAUUCGUUUCGCGGAAGCCUCGAAAUCACUAUCUCACGCUCCGACACUGGUAGCUGUGUCAAAGACUAAGCCGGCAUGGAUGACUCGUGCUUGUUACGAGGAUGGUCAAAGGGAUUUCGGAGAAAAUUCUGAUAUUGACCUCGUGAAUAAGGCGAAAAAGCUGGCAGAUCUUAACAGCCUUCGAUGGCACUUCAUAGGCGUAAUGAAGAAGACAGAGGGAGACGACCUCCGGAGGCAAGCAAGGAUGAAGGAACUCACAACGGUGUUGAAUCUUCAUGCUAUCCAAAGUUUGACUAGCAUCGAAGAUGCUGACAUUUACAACGAUGGCAUCCCCGCCGAUCGCAAGACACCUCUCAACGUCCUCUUACAAGUCAACACGUCUGGGGAAGUCCAGAAGUCGGGACUCCAAUAUGUGGAUGCGGAAACUGAAGUAGCCGACUCCCCACUAUUCAAGCUUGCCUGUCAUAUCAUCAAACAUUGUCCCAAAUUGCAUUUACAGGGGCUGAUGACUAUCGGCUCGCAGGUGGAAUCUCUAGCUUCGUCGGAGCGGCCAAAUCAAGAUUUCGAGACGUUGAAGAGGACCAGAGAUGUAAUAGAAAGGAUGCUUCAAAUCAAUCCCGCUUUCAAUGGGAGAUGGGGGGACAACGGGCAACUGCUGCUCAGCAUGGGUAUGACGGCUGAUUUUGAGGCAGGGUUAAGAGCUGGUAGCCACAUUGUCAGAGUAGGGACUGGCAUAUUUGGAUCAAGACGUAUGAAGUAA